AUGGCAAGCAACAGAGACAAUCGGUUGCAAGCGAAUGGCAGUAAACGGCACUCGAAGAACGCACAGCGUGUAUAUCACUGUCUUGCAGCGAAUUGCAAACGCUUCCAAUCGUCUGCGGUACCUAUCAGGCUAGAUGACUCGAGUGGAUUCCUCGACUCAAGGGUUCUGGCGGUCUUGCUAAUCUUUUACUCUGGACUACAGAUCCUCAGAGACCGCCGCCGAUGCUCUGGAAAGAGAUUGAGAUCAACUGCUUGCUACUCGACACUACAAGCAUCACCACGAGUCAAGUGUUUGUCUCAAUCGAUAGACUGGAGGACUGGCCCCAUCUCCAAGUUUGCCCAUCUCAUCCAUUGGUCCUUGGAACACCGGACUCUCAUCCGUACUCGACCGUGGACAAGAUCCACUUCUUCGCCGUUGGAUAACGAAGAAAAGAGUCAUGGCAAUGACGGACUACAAGCCCGUGGAAAGACUACAGAAAGCUUUGGCAAUUUGGUUGUUUUGUUUGGCGAAUCAGCACUCGAGGACUGA